AUGGACUAUUCUUUCGGAUUUGAUUUUAAAUUUCUUUUACUCGGACCUCAAUCUACGCCCUGUGUGCCAGGCAACUCAGGGUGGUCUUUUGCCCUGUGCAAAUUACUCACUUUAGCUAUAGAUAAAUCCUUAACAAACUCUAACAAUCGCUGCGGUGAAUCUGAAAUUGAUUUUGAGAUCACAAAUUCAGCAUUUCCAAAUAGUCCAAUAAAACAUCCUCCUAUUACCAAAUGCAAAGUUGUUCUUCAGGAUAUCUUCCCUAAAUGUGGUGCUGAAAAGCUUAAGAAGGUGAAUGAUUCUCCGGAUAAACCCCACACGAGACAUUCCCAUCACACUGAGGAGAAGUAUCUUAAUAACUUGGAGAUUAAAACACCAAUAUCUUGGGGGAAAAUGAUUGACGACCGCUGGUCCAAUUUGGAUAAUGCUGCUUCAAAUAUUCUUUCUAAUAAGCUUCAUUUGUGUAAUUCCUUGUCCGAAAAAGUACAACUGCUUGAAGACACCAUUUAUAAUGAGGCAGCACAAAUUUUUGGUCACUCAGUUCAUAAGGGUGGCAGAAAGCUGUCAGGAAAAAGCCGAAGAACUAUUCAAUCCAUCAAUCUAAUUAAAGAGAAAAAUUCCCUAACUAGUCAAAUACAGUCAUCCUGCUACCUAAGUCAUAGGAAGGAAUUACACCAACUUCUUACGGAUGUAAAAGGUCGAAUAACUUUAUUGCGCCGAGCUGAAAGGUUUAGAAAAAAACGCCAUCAAUUCAAAAAAGCCCAGACCGCCUUUAAGAACAAUCCAUACAAGGCAGGAAAAGAUCUUCAAGGCAGAAAAAGAUCGAAGUGCAAAUCAGUUUUAAGGGUCGAACAAGAAACGCUGGAUAACUUUAAACUUGAAUCAGUUAAAGACAAAUUGUAUGAUGUACCUUUAGGUAAUCUAGAUGGGUUAUCAUCCACUCCACCUCUUUUGAAAUCGUUUCCAGUUUCUCUCUUUAAAUAUGAAGAUUUUAUGAAAUCUUGUUUCAAAAAUUGUGUCGGCCCUAUUCAAUGGCGUUGUGCUCGUGAAGUUUAUAUUCCCAAAUCAAAAACUCCUAUGGAGUCUAAUAUUAAAGACUUUCGACCUAUCGCAUUAUUAAAUGUCGAAGGCAAGCUUUUAUUUAGCCUUGUAUCAAGGCGAUUAGAAGCUCACAUUAUAAAUAAUAACAAAUUCAUUAACACGUCGGUUCAGAAGGGUUGUAUGGAGAAAGUCCCAGGAUGCUGGGAACACAUGUCGAUGGUUUAUUCUGCACUUAAAGAGGCCCGGGCCAAAAAAUCACACCUUGCAAAUAUAUGGCUGGAUAUUGCAAAUGCGUAUCCUUCAAUUCCACACAAGCUUAUAUUUUUUGCACUGGAAAGGUAUGGAGUCCCUCAGAGUUGGAUAUCAUUCCUUAAGUCAUACUACGUUGGUUUAUAUAGCAAAUCGUUUUCUUUGUCUGCACCAAGCAACUGGCAUAAGCAUAUGCGAGGUAUUUUUGCAGGUUGCACUCUUUCCAUCAUUUUGUUUCUUGCUGCUAUAAACAUUAUUCUUGAAUACACUAUUGCGGCACCGGCCCCAAAUUAUAUUACUUCUAAAAACGUGCCCCUUCCUUUAGUCAGAGCUUUUAUGGAUGAUAUCAACCUAAUGUCAUCCUCUGUCUGUGGAGCUCAAAGCCUCCUUUCCAGGUGCGUCACUGCUUUAAAAUGGGCUGGCAUGAGUUUUUGCCCUCGUAAGUCAAGGAGCAUAAUCCUUAUAAAAGGUAGAUCUGCAAACUCCACACCUUUUUCUGUGUCUCACAUCUCGUCACAAACCGACUUCUCUUCAUUCAUCCCGUCAAUCCAUUCAUCGCCAGUUCGUUUCCUCGGUCACAUUAUUGAUGGUACGAUUUCAGAUGCUAAAGCAAUCGACGAGCUAGAUAAUAAGCUAAUAACCGGUCUUAUAAUCAUAAACGUUCCAAUAUCUCGGGUUACAAGGCUGGAGCAGAAGAUAUCAACUUUCAUUAGAAAAUGGAUAUCUCUGCACAAUUCCACGUCAAAUAUUUGCCUAUAUAGCUCCUGCUCGCCUUGUCCAAUGCCAAUUAAGAGCUUGACGUCAUUGCUUACAUGCUUUAAAAUAAGUGGUCAUUUACUUUUACGCGAUUCCAAAGAUCCUCUUGUGUCUAACAGUGCACCUACUUUGAAAGUUGGCAUGUGGAAAGUGGACAACGCAUGCUAUGCGUAUCGUAAAUUAAUAUUGAACACAGCUAAAGAUAUCGAUGAGGAAGGCAACGUAGGUAGAGCAUUGCAGUUGCAAGUGCAAGGUCAGUGGACGAGAUGGGAAAAUUACACAAAAAGCGAUCUAUCUUGGAAGUCCAUUUUUGCCAUGUCCCCACACUUGCUUUCCUUCUGUCUUGCUUCUACUUACGAUGUUCUUCCCUCACCUAGCAAUUUAAAGCGCUGGAACGUUUGUACUGAAUCUGCUUGUGCCUUAUGUUCCAAACAAGUAUGUACAACAGCGCAUGUUUUAGGCGCUUGCAAGGUUGCUCUAUCACAAGGAAGGUUCACUUUCCGACACGAUGCUGUGCUUCGCGGGCUCCUGUUAAGUCUAGAGCGUUUUUCAUCUGAAGUUGUCCCGGAAACGAAAAAGCACCUUAAAGUGUCAUUUGUAAAAGCAGGUAGCUAUUCCUCCGCUAAAAGAUCAAAACCAACUGGUCUAUUCCACCAUGCUAGUGACUGGGUGAUGUUAGCAGAUCUGAAUGAAGUAUUUGUGUUUCCUGGCCAUAUUGCAAUCACAUCCCUCAGGCCAGACAUUGUAAUAUACUCAAAUUGUUCUAAGCGCAUCAUCAUUAUUGAACUUACUUGUCCUUGUGAGGAAAACAUGGGAUCCUGGCAUUCCACCAAGCUUUCCAAAUACUUCCCUUUGGUCGAGGUAAUACGUAGCAACGGGUGGUUUCCGCAUCUUUUUGCAGUAGAAGUGGGUGCUAGGGGCUACUCUUCAAGGUCUCUAACUUGCUGUCUAAAAAGCCUCGGUUUCGCUAGCAAAUCUGCGUUUUUAACCGCCCGCAAGUUUGACUAUAUAAGCAUGAAAGCAUCCUUUUGCAUUUGGAUUGCACGAGACUCACCACAUUGGACACAAGAUCUUACGCACUGCAGUCCGCCAACAUUGCCACGACCAAAGGAUAGUAUACCCCAUGAAAAAUCCUCGUCUGUUACCAAAUCCAUUAAAAGUCCAUCUUCAGCCAUCUCUGACAUGCCAAAACCCACGGAACACCAUAACCUUAGCCAGUAA